CUCUCGGUGCGGCGCCGCGCCGCUAAUGGAGCCCGUCCUGAAAGGUAUUUCCGCAUUUAUAGAAGUUUGGUCAUCUAACAGAACAGAAAAUUACUCGAAAACCUUUGAACAGCAACUUCUUGAUAUGGGAGCAAAAGUUUCAAAAACUUUGAACAAGCAUGUGACCCAUGUAGUCUUCAAAGAUGGACGUUUGGCUACAUGGAGAAAAGCACAGAAGAUGGGUAUAAAAAUAGUUUCUGUACUCUGGGUGGAGAAGUGUCGAGAAACUGGAGUACAUGUUGAUGAAUCCUUAUUUCCUGCAGUGGACACUAAUGAAGGAUUCCCACUACCGAUCAAAAAACACAAAUGUAUGCAGCCAAAAGACUUUGUUGAAAAAACUCCAGAAAAUGAUAGAAAGCUGCAGAGAAGACUGGAUCAGAUGGCUAAAGAAUUAGCUGUACAAAAGAUAGCAAUUAAUGCUGAAACUGAUGUACCAGUUUUACUGUUUGAAGACAAUGGUUCGCUUGUAUACAGCCCUGUUAAUAAGAUAAAAGAUCAAUGCAGUGCAAUGGAAAGAAGAAUAAAGGAGAUGAAGGAAAAAAGAGAAAAUCUUUCUCCUACUGCUUCGCAAAUGUCUCAAAUACCUCCAAGUGGUUCACCAGGAGACUGCCCGCUGUCUACUUGUGUCUUAACUAAUGCAGAAGAUGCGUUGUUACCAGGAGAACAAAUGGAAGACUGCUUGAACUCAAGUUAUGAUUAUUUUUGGGGAACUGAUAAAUUAAAGAGACAGAAAACAGAGGUAGUAAAACAUGCCUGUGAUACUUGGACUGAUAUUCAUGUAUCCAUGAGUGCAUCAGUGAAUUCUCCCUCACAUAGCUAUGAGCAGAAGAGCUUAACGCCAAAACAACAUAGCAGAAGCAGCUUAAGAAGGAAACAGAUUUUGCAGCACACUUUGGAUGAUAAAUUAUCUUUAGAAAAGAAAGAUCUAAAAAAGUUUCCAAAGAAAAAUCAGAAGGAUGAAAAUAGCAUGACUACUUCAGUUGCAAACGAAAGGUCUCUUGUCCACAUGAAGAGCUUGGGUCAUAUUACUCCUUCCAAAAAAAUAGUCACGUUAAAUACUGUUCCUGCUUUGAUUGGCAGUCCCUCUAAUUCACCUAUGAAUAGUGAGGACUUAAAUACAUGUUCAUUGGAUAGAAGCUUCCCUGUUGACAGAAAUGAUUGUAUUCUUGCAGAUGAGAAGAGGAAGAAAGUACAAACACUAUCUAGUUUGAAACUGGCUACCUCAGAACUGGGUGCAUCAGGGUCUAAAGAGUUCUUGCAAGCAGUUACUACAUAUAGCAAGUCUUUUUGCACUGAAGAGGCUUCUUAUGAAGACUUCUUUUCAUCAUCUGAUUUGAAUGAAAAUGAAGUACAGGUACGAGUACCAAAGGAAUCACAGAAUCCUCCUAAAGUUUGUUGCAAAGACUCUUUUACAAGCAUGGACUCACUUGAUGUGAGUUUCUCUAAGCCACAUACUACUUCCAAGAAAAGUAGGAAAAAGUCUAUUCCAGCAAAUGAUGUUUCAGUAAAGAAAAACUUCAAACCAGCUGAACAUCCUGGAAGUGUGCCGUUAAAUUAUAUGUCAGAUGGUGAAAAAGCUGACAGUGCAGAAGCUCUAGAUUCUGAUGAUGUGAAUAAGCUGCCUCAGCAGGCUCGUGAAAAAUCCUACAGAACCAAUGUGAAUUACUGUACUCACGCUACUGGUAAGUCGCUACAUAGAGCUGGAAAAUGAAAAGAUAUCAUACUGCGUUAGAUAUACUCAUGCAACUAAAUUGCAAAAUGAACUGCCAUUCCCAAGGGAAAAAUAUUUCAGAAUUACACCAAAAGAAGAAAAUGCUGCAGUACUGACUUGAUUGUUGUGUAAAAUAAAUGAGUGUAUAGGAUCCAAAAGAACACCCAUUUGUUUUCCCAUACAUUACAAACACAAAGAAGUUACCAAGAGAUAAGGAAGCUGUGCUCACAAAAUGCAACAAAAGUAUGUGAGCCUUCUUUUCCCCUAAUGCUUGCUGUUCUGUAAACUUUCUGCUGCUAUUCAAAAUCUGUUUAAGAAACCAAGGUCUCUCUGUUCUAAAUGUUACGGUGCUCUUGUAAAUUGUCAUAAGUAACUCCUCAUCAUAGGGUCCCUUGUUCAAAUUAUUUUUAUUUCACAAGUUAAAAUUGCUACUUUAGAUUAAUUGCAGUUAAGGGCAUAAAAUCUCUAGUGAAAAAAAUAUUUGAGUUAGCAAUUUCUAACUUGUGCUGUGAUGAAGAUUGAAUAAGACAUUUGAGAGCAUAUGCAAGAGUUGCAAUGUAAGCAACCAUGGCUUUUUUGUAUGGAACUCAUCGUAGUUUUUAAUAAUAAUUUUAAGAGUAUUUUUUAUAUUUGAGCAUUUUCAAGUUGUUUUAGCCUAAGUUAUUUCAACGUAAAUGUAUACUAGUAUAUUGAAUCUCAGGAACUUCCCUGAAAAAUGCUUCUAACUUGCAUUGGGGUAAUCGCUUUCAGAUUUUGAUAUUUUGAGCUCUGUUUGUCAAGCUUUACAUAGGAUUAAAUAUUUGUAAUUAUAAUUGUAUAUUUUAGUCAUUUGUUUUCCCUAGAAAAUUCUGCAGCAGUGCAUCAAUGAAUUAUACAAAAUUUAAUUAUUAACUUAAAGGUCUGAACAGACUUGGUAUCAGACUUAUGAAAUCAUCCAGUGGAAAUGUUGAACGGUGACUGUGCCUGUAUCUGUGGGUAAUAAGUUGCUGAACUGUGAGCUGCUAUUUUGGGUUCACCACAUUUGUAUUUUGAUACCUGGAGUGCAUCAUAACACAGUUUAAAAAAAAAAAAGUUGAUGCAGGUGUAUGUUAUACAAGUAUAAAUGUAUACCCAUAAAUGUGUGAACCCACGGUAUGUGUUUUUUACCAUGUGGCAAUGUAGUAGAAGAUGAUCCUUAAAUUAUGUAUUUCUUAAUGUCAACAAACAGUCUGUUUCUCAUUAAACAAUCAUGAAAACAAAUGGGGAAGGAGAAAAGGUUUACUACUUUUAAACUUAGGUAUGCCAAUUAAUUUUAGAGUUAAUUCUAACUUUUAAAUUCUAGCGAUUAAAUUAUGAUCAAUGUUUUAGCAUGUUAUGCUUUUAUUUUCUUGCUGGAAAACUUGUUUAAGGUAACAGAUUUUGGAGGAGAGGAAAAAGGAAGAGUAUUCAGCAAACAGAAGUUUUCUGAUGUUUAUACUUUUUAUCCUUUUUGUUAGGAACUUCUGUAAGUCUCCAUUUGUGUUUCUAGUGAUUUUAAUAAUAUUUGUGAUUUAUCAGUGAUGGCCAUUUUGCCAAGUAUAAUGUAUUCAGCUUCGUGCAUCUGUUGUGUAGUCAAGUAGAACCUCAAGUUUGACAGCUCAAAUGAGCUCACUUAAAAAUGGAAGGAAUCAGUAAUGAAAAAUGAGUUGUAUUUUGCCUAAUAAUGCAAGUUCUGUGGAGGAAAAUGAAAAUCUUGUUUUAAACCUACUACUGUGACACUGUAUGAUGGAAUAAUUGGUUUUUAUUAAAUAUAGGCUUAAUAUUUCCUCUUUCUUUUUUUUGCUUGACUGUGAGUUAUUUCUUGUCCCUGUUAAUUAGUAAAUAAAUAGUAAAUUGC